GCCAGUGGCCUCGGCGGUCUUAAGGCCUCCACGCCAGCUCCAGAACAUUCCGUCACUGCAGGCCCCUGUGUCCCCGAGUGGUCUUCCCCUCCCAGCCCGGCACUGGGUCCAGGUCCACCUCUGACCCCCAUCCCAGGUGUGUCCUGGGCAUCUGUGGCUCUCAGGUCCAACACUGCAGCUGUCCCCUCGCUCCUGCCCGCUGCCAAGGGACAUUCCAGCCUGUGUGUGGACGGUGCUGUGUGUCCCUUCAUCCCCCAUGGACACUGGGUCCACCCCGACCCCUGAGCACACAGGUCCUGCGCUCCUGCCCCGGAUGUAGGAGGACAGGGCGGCAAGGAGCCGAGAGGGGGGACCCCAGGGCCUGGGCCCCGGGCGGUGGACUGCCUGCCCCCCCAGGCUAGGACACACCAGCUGGGGGGCACUGGAGGGCUCCCCACAGCGGGGGAGGGAGGAGGGCCAGGGCAGGACCAGGGCCAGCCCCACCCCAUUGCCAGGUGGCCUUUGUUGCUGUCAACAAUGGCCCCAAGGGCCUUCCUGGCAGGAGCCUGUGGGACACAGAGGCAGACAUGCAGACCCUGAGGCGGGAGGCUGCCCGGCCCUGUGUCGCCCUGGGCACCCUUGAAACCGACUUCCCCGCUUCCCUGGACAGGGAUGACUAUGAGUCCCUGGAGGGGCCCCACUGGACACCGGCUAUCAAGCAGGCCACGCGCUGGAAGUACUCGCCCAUGGGACACGACGCAGCGGGCCAGGCGUGGUACCCGGGCCUGACCAGCUCGGAGCCCCGGGAAGCCUGGUACACCCUGCCCCGGGACCCCGACAGCCCGCACCGCGAGGCCUACUCCCGAUGGCACCGAUGCCACAACCACCGGGAGCAGGGCCAGCCCCCAGCCUACACCCAGCGCCUGCGGGAGACGGCCUGGCACGACCCCACCAUGCCCGCGCAGUACCGCGGCUCCAGCACGCGCUGGGGCAACGCGCUGUGGAGGGACCAGCCCCUCCGGGUCAAGGAGUACGUGGUCAACAGGAGCCGAUAUAAGGCGGAGCCGCACUCCCACGCGGCCGACUACGUGCCCUACCUGUCGGUGCCCCAGCGCCCGCGCUACACCACCCAGAACUACCGCCUCUGGGACCUGGAUCCCUACUGCCCCGCCACCGACCAGCCGUCCACCUACACACCCACCUUCUGAUAAAGUUCGUUCUGCCCAUGCCAUGGCCUCUCUGGCCACCGCCCUCUCUGGCCACCGCGCGGGGGACCCUCCACCCUUCAGCUUCUCCCCAGCUGGGUCUGCCCAGCCAGGGGCCGCACUGCUGGCCAGGGUGCAGGUGACCAGAGGCCUGGCACACCAGGGACGGCACACAGCUGCCCGCCCACGUUAGCUCCCCGAGUCCCCAUCCGUCCCCAGGAGAAGAGGAGUGGCACCCAGUG